AUGGGCAAUUCAUUAUCUCCAUGCUUUCAUCCUAAUCCAAGGUCUUCAGUGAAGCUCAUCUUCGGGGGAGGAAACACGAGAACCCUCACCGGAAAACACAUAGCCGGCGAGGUCAUGUUUGAGUUCCCGGACAAGAUGGUUUGCCAUGCAGACUCUUUCUUUAUCGGUCACCCGCUGCCGGUUUUGUCCAUCGACGACGACCUCGUGCCCGGGCAAACUUACUUUGUUCUCCCCCUUGACCAAUUUUCAUGCAAUGUGUUGUCCGCGUCUUCUCUCGCGGCCUUAAACCCUAAACCCAAAGCCUGUCCGAUCCAAUUCGGGAAGUGCCCUUUCGAGUACGUCAAAGGAACGGAUGGUAGGGUAUUGAUCAAGGUUUUGCCUGAGUUUAUAACAAGGUUGAUGAAUGGAAUCAAAGAGGAAGGGGAAGGGAAUAGCUUCCUUUGCAGCACACCGGAGUUGAAGAAGCAUUACGAGAUGCUUGUUGGGUCUAAAGAACAAGUUUGGUCGCCUAAACUCCAGACGAUUUCGGAGUACAAGAUUAGGUUUUCGCCAUGCAGGUUCAUAGGAUUGGAGUGGAAACAAAAGGAGACGCAAAUAUACUAA